AUGUCGGGAAAGCAGGAGGAGGCUCUGCCCGCCUGCUUUGCGGGGCUGGGUGCGGGCAGCCCGCGGCCGCGGCAGAAGCGCGGCGGGAUGUUCUGCAGCGUGGAGGAUGCCUUCGACAACAAGACGCUGAACUUCGCCUCGCUCGCCGCCUCCGGAACAGCAACACCCGUCGGGGGGCACCGCCGCGACACCCACCCGGGACAGAGCCCCGGCCCCGAGCCCGGCCCCGCCGCGGCCGCGCUGUCCCCGAGAGCCGCCGCUCCGGCUGCGCUGCACGACGGCCGCGGGCAGAGUGACCAGAUUCUAAUCAAAGGAGGAAAAAUUGUCAACGAUGAUCAGUCAUUCUAUGCAGACGUUUAUGUGGAGGAUGGCUUAAUAAAACAGCUCGGAGAGAACCUGCAGGUUCCGGCUGGCACGAGGACCAUCGAUGCCUACGGGCAGCUGGUGAUGCCGGGGGGCAUCGACGUCCACACGCGGCUGCAGGCGCCCGCCGUGGGCAGCGGCUCGGCCGACGGCUUCUUCCAGGGUACCAAGGCAGCACUGGCAGGAGGCACCACCAUGAUCAUUGACCACGUGUGCCCGGACACGGGCAGCAGCCUCCUGGCCACCUACGAGCAGUGGCGCAGCCGUGCCCACGGCCAAGCCUGCUGUGACUACAGCCUGAGCCUGGACAUCCCACGCUGGCACGAGAGCCUCAGGGAGGAGCUGGAGGCCCUGGUCAAGGACAAGGGUGUAAACUCCUUCCUGGUGUUCAUGGCUUACAAGGACAAGCUGCAGUGCACUGAUGGACAGAUGUACGAGAUCUUCUGCAUCAUCCGGGACCUGGGGGCCAUCGCCCAAGUGCACGCAGAGAACGGGGACAUCAUCGAGGAGGAGCAGAAGAGGCUGCUGGAGCUGGGGAUUACAGGGCCAGAGGGGCACGUCCUGAGCCGCCCUGAGGAGGUGGAGGCAGAGGCCGUGUUCCGUGCCAUCACCAUUGCCAGGCAGGCCAACUGUCCCCUCUAUGUCACCAAGGUCAUGAGCAGGGGUGCUGCAGAUGUCCUGGCUCAGGCGAAGAGGAAAGGCACCGUGGUGUACGGGGAGCCCAUCACCGCCAGCCUGGGCACUGAUGGCUCCCACUACUGGAGCAAGAACUGGGCCAAAGCCGCCGCCUUCGUCACGUCCCCGCCCGUCAGCCCCGACCCCAGCACGCCCGAUCACCUCAGCACUCUGCUGGCCAGCGGGGACCUGCAGGUCACGGGCAGUGCCCACUGCACCUUCAGCACUGCACAGAAGGCCCUGGGCAAGGACAACUUCACCCUCAUCCCCGAGGGCACCAACGGCAUUGAGGAGCGCAUGUCCAUAGUCUGGGAGAAAUGUGUGGUCCCUGGGAAGAUGGAUGAGAACGAUUUUGUGGCAGUGACCAGCACCAACGCUGCCAAGAUCUUCAACUGCUAUCCCAGGAAGGGGCGCGUGGCUGUGGGUGCUGACGCAGACCUGGUGCUCUGGAACCCCAAGGCUACAAAAGUCAUCUCAGCAAAAACACACAAUUCGAAUGUGGAGUACAACAUAUUUGAAGGCACUGAGUGCCAUGGGGUCCCAACUGUGGUCAUAAGUCAGGGAAGAGUUGUCCUUGAAGAUGGAAAUCUGUGUGUCACCCAGGGCUCAGGGCGCUUCAUCCCAAGGAAGACAUUCCCUGACUUUGUUUACAAAAGGAUAAAGGCAAGAAACAGGCUGGCAGAGGUGCACGGCGUGCCCCGGGGGAUGUAUGACGGGCCUGUCCACGAGGUCCCAGCGAGUGUCAAGGCCGUGGUGACCAGCGUGGCAUCGCGCCCCACGCCCUGCGCUGGCAAAGCCGCGGCCCCGCCCGUGCGCAACCUGCACCAGUCUGGCUUCAGCCUGUCCGGGUCACAGGCAGACGACCACAUUGCCCGGCGCACGGCGCAGAAGAUCAUGGCCCCACCAGGAGGGAGGUCCAACAUCACCUCACUGUCCUGA